GGAGGUGGGCUAACUGCGCCGUUUGACACCGUGCGCUCCAGCCAUCCAUAGCUUCAAAAUUAGCACACUGCGUCACCACAGGGGCAGCUAGUGAGCAGAGGAACCGAAUACAGAGCAGAUAAAAUAGAGCUGGGUGUGACAUUUUGGUGCUCCUGCUGCUGUGCUGUAGAUCUGGGUGUGACCCUUGGGUGCUCCUGUUGUUGCAGAUAUGACAUCCCCCCAGAUCGCCUCUCUGUCCUGGGGGCACAUGAGGGUGGAAGGCCAGGGCUGCUCUGGCUCCUAUAAGGACUGUAAGGUGUGGCCCGGGGGGAGCCGAGCCUGGGACUGGAGAGAGACGGGCACCGACCAUCACCCCGGAGUGCAGCCAGCUGAUCUGGACGAGCUGCUGACAAAGGGCAUAGACCUGCUGGUGAUCGGUCGAGGCAUGUCUGAGGCCCUGCAGGUUCCUGGCUCCACGCUGGACUUUGUGAGGGGCCGCGGUGUGGAGGUCACGGUUCUGCAGACGGAGAAGGCUGUGGACCAGUACAAUAAGCUGGCUGCGCAGGGCAGGAAGGUGGCUGGGAUCUUCCACUCCACCUGCUGACCUCCGCCAGCUCCCAAGUUCUCCACUCUACCUGCUGACCACUGCAAGCCAAAGUCUUCUGAAGCUGUCUGUGUUAGGUGCUGCUAUCAGAGAGUCCAGGAAUGCUUUGAG